GGGAUAAAGGCCUGCCUCACCGGCGCGUCUUGGCUCCGGUUGCUUUUCUUUCUGUUUACUAUGUAAAUCGAUUACUGCCACUGCCGUCUCAUGAAGCUGCUAGUGAGGCAUCACCAACUGCGCCCUCUUUACGACACACCACUCACAUCAAGAUCGUGAGCCUCUAUCCGAGCCUUCGCUGCUCACUGCCACUGUUCCCGAUCGCUUGGCUCCUUGUCAAGCGCAGGCCUCCUCAGACUCGAACUCGCCUCGCCCUUGGCAGUCUUCACCGUCAACCACAUUCGACGUGGUAACACCGCAACAAUGGUGCAGGUCCUGGUCGAUCCCGCCUCGCCCAUGUCCCAUGGACAUGUCACGAGAUUCGAGAAUGCGGAAUAUUUCAAGACUACCCAUGGAGGGCACGAGUCCAUGUCUCGGGAGGAGCACGCUCGACGUAUGAAGGAGUUGCUGGCCAAGAGGUCCAAGAGGGCACCACGCCGUGGCUGGACCAUGCUGGACUACCCAGGCACACAGGCCGAUCAAGCGUCUACACCCCACGCGGCAUACUUCCACUCUCAAGCCUCCAUUCCGGAGAACAGCGUUGUUGUCCCGAGGCCAGCCACGCCCGCGGCCACGCCAAUCACCGAGGACGACUCCGUCCAGCUGGUGCAGCGACCAAAGCUCCCGCCGCCUCGCCGGUCGUACUCAGUCACGGACCGGGAGCCUCUGCCGGCGAACCUCCCCAAGCCUUCACAUCGCCUCCACCUUCUCGAUCUUCCCUCGGAACUCCACUACAACAUUGUCGACUUCCUCGACCCCAUUGAUAGCGCUUGUUUUGGCCUUGCCCAUCCAGCCCUGUACGAUAUCCACCGUCGGAAGCACGGCAAGAUCCGUUUGUCCGCUCGCUACCAAGGCCCCAACGACAUGGAGUGGGCAUGGCGCGGUGCCGGCUCCCUCAAGCGCACCGAGACGACCGACCUCACGAGCGCGAGCGAGCUGGCGCACAUGCGCGUCCAGGGCCAGGUAUACUGUCGCAAAUGCGGCGUCUCGCGGUGCGAGCUCCACCGGCACCUCAAGUCAUGGAUGGGCGAGGACAAGGAGUACUGCAGCAUCAGGGAGACGUUUGGCAAGCCUGCCGGUGAGGACGCGAAGCCGUACUGCUACCUGAGCUCACCCAAGAAUCCCCACCGCUGCGGCCGCCACGGUGGAAAGAAGUUUGCUUGAUUACAGCGUAGCGCAUUUUCUGGUUUGGCGGGCGUUGACGGCGGUUGCCUUUUUCCAUCUCUCUCUCCCCAUUCAGACGUGAUCUUUGGAGAGGAGCAGCACAUGAUAUGACGAUAGAUGAUAGAUGUUAGAUGACUAGAAACGGCGUUAUGGAAUUCUUGGACACUCAAUCCGCUUUCGGCGCUUUGCAUUGAUGCGGUGAGGCAACCAGCCGUUCAGCGCCGACACCGGAUACGUGCGAGACACGGAGCUUCGCCAACAUG